GUUCACCAGCUUCUGUCUCUCCAUUCCCAUUUCCACACUUGGUCCAGUGUUGACCCGUUGUCCACCCCUAGGAGGUGGCAGGAGGUUGGGUUGGUGUACAAGGAUCUUAUACAUCAUUACUUCAGGUUCGCCUCUGUGGUUGGGACCUCAUGAACAAAGGCUCUGACACAAGAAUUAGCCAGACCACUCCCUCAGCUUCCCUAGAAAAUGGUUUUGCGGAGAGCUUUUGCGGAGCUCAGGUUUUUUGUUUGUCUUUUCUCCUUGUGUGGCCCUGCAGUAAGGCAUUCUCUGCUCCAGGCUCCUGAUUCUUGGUAUUGUUUGGCCUCACUGUGUGUUAGGAACACAAACUUGUGAUCAGUACCAAGAGGAUAUUCUAAUCAAGAACAGAAUCUCUUUUUAUUCUCAAUGUGUUAGCUUUGUCCCUUUUCACCCUGACAUGUUCACUAUCAACUAUCUUUGGGGGCAGGACAUUUUCUCUCAUAUAAAUCAUUUUCUUCAUCAGAAAAGAAUAUGUGACCCUGAGAUUCAAUUUUUGAAAUUAAAUCCUUACUCUGAAAAUCCCAGUUUGCCCAUAGAAACACACUUUCUGGGCAGUAGCACUUUGGACUCAUCCUGUGCAGAGUCCAGUUCACUCUGAAAGUUCUGUGAUGUAUCGUCGCCAUGGUAAUGUGGUAAUGCACUUUCUGCAUUCUGUACCAAGUGCCAGUUAGUGAGCUGAGAGGUUCACAUAAGGUACAAGUAGAAGGGCUCACCUUCAAACUAGAGUUUGAAAAUGGGAAACCUCAACUGCUGUUGUGGAGGAUGUUAUCCCCGGAAGACCAGAAGGAACACUCCCAAGAGGUCAACAUCCACCACCAGCUGGGUCAGGAGGUUUCGUAGUUGGCCACGAAAUAGGGUGCACCCUACAACUGACACAGUUGAAGAGCUCCCUGAGGAUGAGCUGGAGGAGCUAUCCAAUUCAAAUUUGCAGGAAGAAUCUCUGCCCACCUCUGUGGCAUGCGGAGCAGCCUACGAACAUGGUCCCCAGAACAUCCUGGUGGUGGAAGUGCACCAGGCUUAUGAUGAGGAAGAGCCUCUGAAGAACCUGAAGACUUACGGAACAGCCUAUGAACACGCUCCCCAGGAGGGCCUGGUGGUGAAACAGCAGCGUGAGAUCUGGGUUGAGAAGCAGCCUCUGAGGGCCCCGAAGGAAUCCGGAGCAGUCUUUGAAUAUGGUUUCAUUGAGGACCUGCCAAUCAACCCAGCUUGUGACAGGACCGAAGAGACUCCCUGUGUCUCCAAGAGCCCUCAUAGUGGCCCCUACUGGCCGGGCCCAGGCCUUGAGGAGGCAGUGACCCUCUCCCGCCUCUGCCACCUCCUGGCAGCACAGUCUGCCUGGGAUGCCAUCUGCAAGACCCGCUUCCACACCCGCCACCACAUGGACAGCCUGAGGAGCCUGAGGGCCAGUUGCGUUUGGCACCCGGCUCCCUCAGCGAUGACAGCUGAGCAGGGUCUGGGGACCCAGCGCUGA